CCUCCGUAACGCUGUCCUCUCCUUCCGAAGCCGUCAAGCAGGAGCUCUCGGCCGGGGAGGAGACUAACAACAAGAACAAUGUGGAGGAUUCGGGUGCCGGUGACGAGGAGGAGGAAGAAGAGGACAUGGAGGAAGACGAAGGCGCGGACGAUGGAGAACAAGAGGAGGAGGAGGUGCUGCUGGUGAAUGUAGGCAGUACGUACCCGUGUAAGAGAAGUGACGGCAGCCAACAUGAUGCUGAUAUAGUGAAGACGAGGUACAACAAACAAGCUGGAAGAGAAGAGUAUUACGUACAUUACGUGGGCUUGAACCGCCGCCAAAACGAAUGGGUGGACAAAUCUCGUCUGGUAUUGACCAAACCCCCGAAGGAGGUUGAAACCAACGGCACAGACCAAGAAGAGAUGACGGAGCCCACAGAGCAGCCAGACUCCAAGACUCCCCAAAAGAGGAAACUCGAGGAACCUGAGCCUGAACCGAAGAAAGCAAAGGUGGAAGAUAAAGAUGCUUCAAAAACCGCGGCCAGUUUAGGAGCAGCUGGCGACUUUGCAGAAGAGCUGACAUGCCCGCUGUGCGUUGAACUGUUCAAGGAUCCAGUGAUGGUCGCCUGUGGCCACAACUUCUGCCGGAGCUGCAUUGAUAAGGUGUGGGAAGGGCAGAGUUCCUUUGCUUGCCCCGAGUGCAAGGAAUCCAUUACUGAUCGCAAAUACACCAUUAACCGCGUGUUGGCUAAUCUGGCCAAGAAAGCCGCCUGUACUCCGGUCACACCUGUAGAGAAAAAGACGCGGCCCCUAGAGAAGUGCUCUGAGCACGACGAGCGACUAAAGCUCUACUGUAAGGACGAUGGCACUUUGGGUUGUGUUAUCUGCCGGGAUUCUCUCAAACACGCCAGCCAUAACUUCCUGCCCAUCCUGGAUGCAGUCGGCGUCUAUAGGGAAGAGCUUUCUGCCAUCGUUGCUCCUCUUGAAGCUUCCCUCAAAGUGACUGAGCAGCUGUCUGGCGAGCAGAGUGACAAGAUUGAGCAGCACAACAAAAACGUGUCCCAGUACAAGGAGCACGUCACAAGCGAAUUUGAGAAGCUCCACAAGUUCCUAAAGGAGCGAGAGGAGAAACUGUUGGAGCAGCUGAAGGAACAAGGGGACAACCUGCUGACGGAAAUGGAAAAUAACCUGGUGAAGAUGCAAGAGAACCAGGAUGCCAUCAAGAAAACUAUUUCCCUGGCAAAGGAGAGGAUGGAAGAGACAGAUUCAAUAUCAUUCUUAACGGACAUCAAAACCUUUAUUGACAAGUGCCAAGAACAACAACGAGCUGUGAUCUCGACUGGCAAUACCCUGCUUUCCAAGGAGCUGUGCCAGGGAACGUUUAAGGGUCCCAUCCAGUACAUCAUGUGGAAGGAGCUGAAGUCCGUCAUCACUCCCAGCCUGACCCCAAUGUUACUGGACCCGAAUUCUGCUCAUCCCAACCUGCAUUUAUCAGAUGGGCUGACCAGUGUCCGAUAUGGGGAAAACAAGCUCUCCCUCCCCGACAAUCCCAAACGAUUCAGCCAGUGUAUCCUUGUGCUGGGGUCCCAGGGCUUUGAUUCGGGCCGACACUACUGGGAAGUAGAAGUCGGGGACAAGACGGCCUGGGAUGUGGGUAUGGCUAGUGAAUCCAGUAAUCGCAAGGGCAAGAUCAAGCUUAACCCCAAGAACGGUUACUGGGCAAUCUGGUUGAGAAACGGCAAUGCCUACAAGGCUCUCGAGUCUCCAUCUAAGGCUCUAAGUUUGACCUCCCACCCCCGUAAGAUUGGUGUUUAUGUGGAUUAUGAGGGAGGGCAGAUUUCCUUCUAUAAUGCAGAUAAUAUGACCAUCAUUUACACAUUCAGUGCCACCUUCACGGAGAAACUGUACCCGUAUCUGUCUCCGUUCCUGCACGACAGUGGCAAGAAUGUAGAUGCCCUCCGCUUUGUUCAUAAUCAGUAACUUCAUGUAUGAGAGGCAGAAGCUGCUUAGAAACAUUCCACCCCGCUCCCAAAUAAAGUUACCAGUAAAGUUCUCUUCUCCAAAUGUUUUUGUUUCCCAUUUCUCAGCUUUUGAUGAACCACAAUUUCUUUUUAACCACUUAAACCUCCAAUCUUAUGUUUAUAAUACACUCCCACAAAGGGUUCCGUCAAGCCUGAGACAACUGUGGUGAAAGUUUCAGUCCGGUUCUACUUUUUUAAUGUGAAUUUGCAUUAUAUUGAAUGUUUUUGUGUCGUAUAUUUUGUCAUUGCUCUGAAUGUAGUUGCAUUUGCUUAUUACUUCGGGAAAUAAAGAGGCUGAAAAGUAAAACUGUGUAUUGUGAUCUCAGUCUUAAUUCCUCCCCCUC